UUACCUCAGAAAGAGAGGAGCAAUGUGUGUGUGAUGAAAGAGGAGAAGACACAUGGACGGCAAAUCAGUGUAAUAGAGCUUCCAGCUCUCACUCGGCUCUCAGAGGAGGAAGUGAUGCGUCAGACUCACAACUGUGUGUCUCUCUGUGAUCCUGGAGUUCAUGUUUUCAUCCUCGUUACUCCUGCCAGUCCACUUACUAAUGAAGACAAAGCAGAAAUGGAGAAGAUUAAAAGAAUCUUCAACUCUAAUGAGCACUUCAUGGUGCUUUUCACUACUGAACUCACAGUUGACAAAAAAAUCACAGAUUUUGUAGAAUCUACAGAAUCUCAGAGGAUUGUCAGUCUCUAUGGGAGUUGGCACAGUGUGAUGGGCUUAAAGGACCAGAGAAGCUCAGAACAGAUCUCAGCCCUGUUUGAUUGUAUAGAGAGCAUGAAGACUAAACCCUAUUCUCUUCAGAUGUACAUGAGAGCUCCAGAGAAGAGAGUCAGAGAAGAGCUCGAGGAGAAACUGAGUGCGAGAGACAAUGAAAUCAAAGAGUUACAGCAGAAGAUCAGGACACUGGUUCCAGAAGGUGUGAAGCUGAAUCUGGUUGUGUGUGGGAGUAACAGUGAAUUAAAAUCCUUCAUAUCAAACCUGAUCCUGAACCAGAGCGAGGGAAGAUCAGAGCUCAACUCAGAGUGUGGGAGGAGAGACGUGGAGCUUGAUGGACGUCUGAUCAGUUUAGUGGAGCUUCCAGCUCUGUUCAACACUCAGCUCUCAGAGGAGGAAGUGAUGUGUCAGAUUCACCGCUGUGUGUCUCUCUGUCAUCCUGGAGUUCAUGCUUUCCUCCUCAUCCUUCCUGAUGGUCCAAUUAAUAAUGAAGACAAAGCAGAAACUGAGAGGAUCCAGAGGAUAUUCAGCUCAAGAAUCAACAAGCACAUCAUGAUCCUCAUAAAGCAGAAUUCAGAGCAUCAGACAGCAGAACUAAAUGACGAAACACAGCCUGUCAUUGAGAGUUUUGGAGGACAACGACAUUUCGUUGGACCAAACACACAAGGGUCUGAGCUGGUGGAGAAACUAGAGGAGAUGGUUGCGGAAAAUAGUGGUGAUUGUUUCUCCACAGAGACAAUGUUGGGUGCACAGAUGGAAAAACUGCAGAAAUUUGAAGAAAUGAAGAGGAGAAUCCAUUCAUUAGAGACGUGGUUUCAGACACAAGAUUCGAGAAACAAAGAAGAUGAACUGAGGAUUGUGCUGCUGGGAAAAACUGGAGUUGGGAAAAGUUCAACUGGAAACACCAUCUUAGGAAGAGAAGCAUAUAUAUCAGACUUUUCAGAAAAGUCUGUUACUAAAAUGUGUCAGAAAGAGACACAUGAAAUCAACAGCAGACAAAUUACUGUGAUCGAUACUCCAGGACUGUUUGAUACUGAACUCAGUAAUGAAGAAAUCCAGAGAGAAAUCAGAAACUGCAUCUCCAUGAUCCUGCCUGGACCACAUGUGUUUCUCUUACUAAUACCACUGGGACGAUUCACUCAAGAGGAAGAAAAAUCAGUGAAGAUCAUUCGGGAGACGUUUGGUGAAAACUCAUUAACAUACACCAUAGUGCUAUUUACCAACGGAGACAAACUGAAGAACAAAACCAUUGAACAGUUCCUGGCAAACCCUGGAUCUGCUCUUAAAAACCUCAUUGCUGAGUGUGGAAACAGAUUCCAUGUGUUCAAUAAUGAGACCAAAGACCGGACACAGGUGACUGAUCUCCUGGAGAAGAUAGACGGAAUGGUGAAAGCAAACGGAGGGAGUUACUACUCAUGUAAGAUGUUCAGAGAGAUGGAAAGUGAAAUACAAGAAAAACAAAAGAAGAUACUGACGGAAAAAGCGGAGAAACUGAACAGAGAAAAAGAAGAACUGAUGAAGAAACACAAAGAAGAGAAAAAGAAGUUGAAGAUAAAGAUGGAGGAAGAUCAUGACAAAGACAAAAAGAGAAGAGAAGAGGAAUAUAUAGAGAGAGAAGAUCGAUAUAAAAGAGACAUUAAAGACAUAGAGGAACAAGGGAGAAAGAUACGAGAGGAGUUGAAGAGAGAACGAGAGGAAUGGGAGAAACUGAAACAACAGGAAAGACAAAGAAGAGAAGAAGAGGAGGAGAAAUGGAGAAAGAAAGAACAGGCAAUGUGGGAUGAAUAUAAUCAGAGACUUAAACAAGAGAUGGAGAGAAUGAAGAUGAUGAUAAAGGAAGAAAGACAGAAUCGUGAUACAGAGAGAAAGAGAAUAGAAGAAUAUAUAGAAGAGCAAUAUAAAAGAGACAUUAAAGAUAUAGAGGACCAAGAGAGAAAGAUACGAGAGGAGCUGAAGAGAGAACAAGAAGAAUGGCAGAAACAGAAACAACAGGAAAGUCAAACAGAAAAAGAAGAGAAAGAAACACAUAGAUUUAAUGAACUUUAUACAGGAACUCCUGACGCUCAGCACCCAAAGAAUGAUGAAGAUUCACCAUCAGAUCCAGAGUGUUUGAGAAUCUUGCUGUUUGGGAGGGCAGGAAAUGGAAAGUCUGCAACAGGAAACACUAUCCUCGGAAAAAAUGGGUUUUACAGUAAAGACAGUUCAUGUUUAGUGACCACUACUUGUACAAAGGUCAUUGGUGAAGUUGAUGGUCAGUUAGUAGCUGUUAUUGAUACUCCAGGACUCUUUGACCCCUCACUGACAAACGAACAAGUGCAGGAAGAAAUAAUGAAAUGUAUUUCACUGUCAGCCCCUGGACCUCAUGUGUUUAUCAUUGUGUUUAAUAUGGGAAAAAUCACCAAGGAGGAGAAAGACACUUUAGAAAUGAUAACGAAGAUCUUUGGCCCAGAAGCAGCAGAUUUCAGCAUUGUUCUCUACACUAGAGGAGACAAACUAAAAAAACAAACAAUAGAACAAUAUGCAGGGAAAUAUAAAAAUGAUGAACUCGACAAACUGAUCAGAGAUUGUGGAAACAGAUUCCUGGCUUUUAACAACACAGAAACACAAGAUCGGACACAAGUUAAGCAGCUGUUAAAUAUAAUAGAAGAAAUGAAGAAAUCUAAUCAGGACAGAUUUUUCACUAAUGAGAUGUUUGAGGAGGCAGCGGUCUCCAUUGAACAGAGAAUGAAAAUGAUAAAAGAAAAUGAAAGAAAAAAUCAGGCUCAAGUUAAUGAAUUAACAGCCAAAUAUGACAUGAAAGACAGAAUCAUGAGAAAGAGACUGGAAGAGAAAAAACGAAGGACAGAUGAGGAAAGAGAGAGACUGAAGAAGAAGUUCAGAGAACAAGAGGAAACACUCAGGAGAGAGUUUGAGGAGAAAGAAAAAUCAGAGCAGGAGAAACAAGUGAUCGAGGAUCAGAAACAAUCAGAGCUGGACAAACAGCAAAAAGAUGAAUAUGAUCAAAGAAUAGAGGAGAUGAAGAGAGCAAAUGAAGAUCAGAGAAUACAGUAUGAAAAUCAGCAGAAAGAAAGAGAAGAAGAAGAUAAAACAAGAGAAGAAAAAUAUAAACAAGAUCAAGAAAAGAUGAAAAAUGAUCAUGAACACAUCAUGGCAGAGAUAAGAAUGAAACAGGAAGAGGAAAUAAAAAAGAGAGGUUCAGAGGAGCGAAUGAGGAAGGAACAAGAAGAGAGAGAGAGAGAAGUAUGGAAGAGAAAAUUAAAAGAGGCUGAAAAUGACGAAGAGACCAAACGACAGCAGAGAGAAUGGGAGGAAGAGAAGAAACGACAGAUGAGAGAACAAAAGGAAGAGGAAAGAAAGAGAAAAGAGAGACACAAGGAACAGCUGAGAGAAAAACAAGAAGAACUGGAGAACAAGGAGAAUAUAUCUGAAAGAGAGAGAGAAGAAGAAAGACAAAACAGAGAGGAGGAGAAACAGCAACAGACAAGAGAGAGAAGCCAGAAAUAUAGAGAAUAUGAAGAAAAGAAAAAUGAAAUGGAGAGACAUUAUGAGCAGCUGGAGCGAGAGAGGAAAGAGAAAUGGAAGAAAAGAGAACAAGAGGAUGAAGAGAGACGAGUGGCGAAGAGAAAGAGAUGGGAGAAAAUGAUGGAAGAUCUGAAACAAGAGCAAGAGGAGGAGAUCAGGAGAAGAGAAAGAGAGGAGAGAGAAAGAACAGACAGAGAAGAAAAAGCAUAUGAUGAAAUGAAACAGAUACAUGAAGAGGAAAUAGAGAACAUGAAGAAUAAUCAUGAUGAUGAAGCCAGAACACAAGAAGAGGAAUUGAAUAAUUUCAGACAGAAAGUAGAUCAGCAGGUUCAAGAGCUGAAGAAGAAGAUAGCCGAAACCUAUGAUGAGGAAAAAGAAAGAAGGGAAAAAAGCUCAUGUCAUGUCAUGUGAAACAUUUUUGAAAUAUUAUUGGUAAGUGAGCUACUGUAUCUGUAUUCACGUAAGCUGGGAUUUUCACAACCAGACAUUUAUUUGUUCAUAAUCAUUUAAUAAUUUAACCAUUCAUUUAUUUAUUCAAUGUAAUCACAUUAUCAUUUAUCAUACAUUUUAAUCAUUUAGUCAUUUAUUAUUUGCCUUUUAUAUUUUCCUUGCUUUUAUCGUGCACUACAGCGUCAAAACUCUGUUCAGUGCCACUGGCAACAAUAAAAUGUGUGUCUAUGAGUGUUUUUAUUUCAGUGGAUGGCCAAUAUAAUCAUGACAAUUAUCAGUGAUUACAGAAAGAGCCUGAAGUGAAGAUGUGCUACAGCUGAGGUCAAAAUUUACAUCCCCCUUGCAGAAUCUGCAAAAUGUUAAUUAUUUUUCCAAAAUAAGAGGGAUCAUACAAAAUGCAUGUAAUUGUUUAUUUAGUACUGACCUGAAUAAGAUAUUUCACAUAAAAGAUGUUUACAUAUAGUCCACAAGAGAAAAUAAUAGUUGAAUUCAUAAAAAUGACCCGUUCAAAAGUUUUCAUCCCCUUGGUUCUUAAUACUGUGUUGUUACCUGAUUGAUCCACAUCUGUGUGUUUUUGUUUAGUCAUAGUUGUUCAUGAGUCCCUUGUUUGUCCUGACUCCCGAACAGUUAAACUGCCUGCUGUUCUUCAGAAAAAUCCUUCAGGUCCCACAAAUUCUUUGAUUUUCCAGCAUUUUUGAGUAUUUGAACCCUUUCCAACAAUGACUGUAUGAUUUUGAGAUCCAUCUUUUCACACUGAGGACAACUGAGAGACUCAUAUGCAACUAUUACAGAAGGUCCAAACGCUCAGUGAUGCUCCAGAAGGA